AGGUGGAGGAGGGAGAUCUGGACAGAUGGAGGACGGCGCCCAACAACUGGGACACUGCAUGGUGGACAUGAAGGAGCUGAGUGCCAACCCUGAAGGACUGACCGCUGCCGGUGUUAUGCUAACGCCCCAGCUGCCUCAGAUGGAGCUCAGCCUUGCCUGCACUGAUCUGCUGGCCUCAGGCAGAGACAGGAAGCCCAAUGCUUUGGUCCAGGUGUCUGUCAUAGAUCCCCACAAGCAGCUCCUCGUCUCUCAUGCCUGCACAGAGAUAGUGGAGGCGAACAAAGACCCCCUGUUUCUGACGGGGGUGACCUUCCCGUCAGAGUAUCCUGCCAGCCCGGAGACACUAGUCAAGCUAACUGUGUAUGAUGCAAAGGACAAGAGCCAGGAAUCAAGCAGCUUCCUGGGUAGUGCCACGUUUUCAGUAGGCGAUCUGCUGAGGGCUAAAGAUGAACGGCUGACCUUGAGUCUCAGGUCAUCUGAUGGUGUGUGUGCAGCAGGAACAGUGCUGGUGAGUCGGUUGAAGAUGGGGGAGAUGGAGGAGGUGGAUGUGGACCACAUCACCACCGACUUACCGUCACACAAGUGUCCCUUGGUUUGUGAGUCUGUGUCCCAUGCCUGCAUCGACAAUAAUCCACUGACAGGUCCAGUGUUCAAGAACCCAAUAUGCAAGGUGUACAGAUUUCAAACCGUGGACAGCAAGUGGAUGCUGGUGCGUGAACAAAUGGAGGAGUGCACCUUGUCGUUUAGCAUCCCCAAACAGCUGCUCUCAUUGUAUAUUCAGGAGGACAUGAGCAGGGUCCGGGACCUGAGGGAGCUGGGGGAGCUUUCUCCUCACUGGGACAACUUAAGAAAAGAGGUGAUGACCCGAUACGGAGGAAUCAUCAGCUCCUACCAGGAGACUUUGGCUGAGCUGGACAAGAUUACUGGUCGUUCAUUCAAGCCAAGCUGCUGCAAAGCCCAGAAAUCUCUGGAGUUCAUCCCAAUAAACCUGCACACCCAGAGGAUGAGGGUGACGUGCCCCAGAAAAACAGAUGCUUUUUAUGACAUUGUCACCGUCGGUGCCCCUGCAGCCCAUUUCCAGGGGUUCAAGUGUGGCGGUCUGCAGCGUCUCCUCAGCAGAUAUGAAGCAGAGAAAAAGAGUUUUGGCAAACGCCGAUGGCAAGUGGACACUGCGAAAACCAGCAGGAGUUGUCUAAACAAACAUAUGAGGAGCUUCUGUCCAGCAUUCUUCAGCACUGCCUACCAGUGUAUCUACUACUCCCCAGAGCACACAGCCAAAGCUCAGGAGGUCCUCAGCACCGUGAGCCUCCUCCAGCCGCUCAUCAGCAGCUUAGCGGACCAGCUCCUCCAGGCCGCCCAGGAGCACUCCUCCUCUGGACUGAGGGAAGCACUCAAGAACCUUUCUGACAAGACAGAACAAUUUGUUCACACACUUAAAGACGAGCUGGUCAACAGUGCACUGCUGGCUCUGCACGCAGCGCGUCCUGGAUAUGUCUCCAAGAACCAGAAGCAGACCCCGGUGCAGGGAGGCCAGCAUCACGGCCACAUCCACCAGGGCAGUGAUCAGAACCAGAGCCCGGUCCAGGGACUUCCAGGACACAGUCCGGCCACGUCGAUCAGUGACAGCCCCGCGGGGUGUAAUAACGUGGAGGCAUCACAAACCACGACUAGAGGAGAAGGUGGGACGCUGAAGCACCAAGACUCCAUACCGCACCAUAAAGAGUACGACGAGGAGGAAUGGGACCGGGUGUGGGCAAAUGUGGCCAAAUGUCUCAACUGUGUCAUCGCCAUGGUGGAUAAACUCCAGGAGGAAGAUGGCAGCAAGCAGGAGUCGGUCCCUGAGCAGCAGCUAGCCGAUGUCAUCACCUCACACAACCCCGGUGAUUGGAGGGAGCAGCUGCGUCCUCAUGUGACCAGGUUAAAGGAAUGUGUGAUGCAGGUGGUGGAGAAGGCAAAGAGAGCCAUGACCUUUGUGCUCCUGCAGGAGGCAGCCUGCAGCAUUCCACAGGGUUUUCUCCUCCAGCAAAGGCGCGACGUGGUUUUCAGUCAGGCACUGGCAGCCUUAGCCUGUGGCUUUGUCAUGAGGCUGUACGCAGGAAUGCAGGACCCAGGCUUCCUGAAGCAGCUACACCUGGUUGGCUUGGUGGCCCAGUUUGAGAGUCUGCUCAGCACCUACAGUGAGGAGAUCGGGAUGCUGGAGGACAUGGAGGUGGGGAUCUCAGACCUGCAGAGAGUUCUGUUCCAGAUUACAGAGGCCAAGACAGAUGACCUCAGUGACCUCCAGCCUUUAGUGUUUGGCCGACGAGACCAGUUCACUGUAGAAGUGCCAUUACCACGUCUGGUUUUCCAGACCUUGCCAGAAGAGAUCAAGGGAGGCAAGCCUCUGCGAGUGUUCCCGGUGCUGUUUAACGUGGGCAUCAAUGAACAGCAGACAAUAGCAGAGAGGUUUGGAGAUAUCUCUCUCCAGGAAAGAAUAAACCAGAGGAACUUUGAGAUGUUAGAAGCCUAUUACAAAUCGUUAAGUGAAAAGGUGCCACUAGAAUGUCUACCGUGUUACCAGACACAGACCGACAUAAAGGAAUUACUUGAAACCCUGGGCCAGAAUGUAGUUACAAAGAAGAGGAAGAAUGUGGAGAUACUAUGGAUUGCUGGAACGAUCUGCCGAAGGUUAAAUGGCAUCAGGUUUACCAGCUGUAAAAGUGCCAAAGACCGGACCUCCAUGUCUGUCACAUUGGAGCAGUGUGCCCUCCUCCGCGACGAACACCAGCUCAGCAAGGACUUCUUCAUCCGUGCUCUGGACUGUAUGCGGAGAGAAGGAUGUCGGAUUGAAAACGUUCAAAAGAAUAUUAGAUGCAGGAAAUAUGCCUUCAACAUGCUGCAGCUGAUGGCCUUUCCCAAGUGCUACCGACCACCAGAGGGCACGUACGGCAAAGUGGACUCUUGAGGACCUAAACCCUGUACCGUAAAACCAGUCAGUGUGUGUGUCUUCAGUAAAUAUUGACGCUUAUAAAUAAUAUUUUCCUGUUUGAAUCCAAAGAGAACUGGCUGAGUGCACCUGAUGGAUGUUGUGUUUUUCUUCUGUUAUUUGUGCCAACAUUUUUGUAAAAGGACAAACGAGUACUUCUGUGUGGGAAACACAGUUUUAAUAGAGCUGGUGUGCUUUAUGGCUUGUCAAAUACUGCUUUCCACGUUUAAACGGGUAAAUAAAAUGUAUAAAGCCUUAUUCUAUGAUUGGAUGUGUGCAAUUUGACAUGAUAAAAGCCAACCUGUUCUACAAGAGUUAAAAUAUUAAGUGUUAUCACGUAUUCAGGUCCAAACUUCACCUAUAUUGUUUUUCGUUUGCAAUCAUAUCUUUCAUUCAUCACUAAUAAGUGAAGCAUGUGUUGAGUCAUGUUUCAUAACUCCUCCUAUUCUCUCGGUGGUUGCACUCGAGCUUUCUGAAUAAUAUGUUUAUAUCUUAAGGUACAGGCCAGUGAAACCACGUGUCAUAACAGGGUGAGGACAUUGGACCUUCGUUUCCAAACGCUAUUCCAAUUUAAUUAUUUAUUUUUGUAUACUAAAACGUUUUUAUAUUCCAAGUUUCUGAACCUUGGGCUUUAAUGCAUGUUUGAAAUGUAUUGGCUGUGUUGUUCAUUGGAAACAUUUCUAUUUGACAUUAAAUAAAACAAUGAUUUGAUUUGGA